AUGGCUUCUGCACUCACUGAUCAAGCAUUCUGGCCACCACAAGAAGCAAUCUUGGAUCUCACUCUGGCCUUUGAAGAUGUCAUUCUCAAGAUUCUUGUCUCUGGCAUUUUUGUUGCCAUCUCCCCUCUCGUCGCUCGGCAUUUUCUAGGCAACCCUCUUUUUGUUCGAUCGAGUCCGCUACUAUGGACCAAGCUGACUGUGACUGUCGCCUUGGUUGCAAUACUCAUUGCAAGUCUCGGUUUCCGGGUGACGUCCAGCCAAUUCCGUCCUGGGACUGCUCUGCCUGCAGCGGCGCUGGAUCUCCUGGCUGUCAUCGCCGUCGGCACUAUUGUCCAUGUGGAACACCGACGCGCCAUUGGCACGUCGGCCUUUUCUAGCGUCUAUCUCUUCCUCAGUAUUGUUACGGACAUCAUCAGAAGCCGCUCGUUCUUUAUUCGUCCUGGCUUGACCACCCUCGGUGCGCUGGCUGCCGCCGCCGCCGCUCUUCGAGCUGUUCUUCUGGGGCUCCAAGAACUCUCAAAGAGGAACCUGCUCGUUGACCCUCAGCUGCAAGAGAUGAUUGGAUAUGAAGUGAUCAGUGGCUUUUGGAGUCGAUCUUUCUUUGUCUAUCUGUACCCACUGUUGGCCAAGGGUUUCCGCGGCGCUCUUGUCUUGUCUGACCUGAAUCCCUUGGGGCCGGAUUUUGCUGCGAGUACGCUGUAUCCCCAGCUCAAGUAUCACUGGGGCAAAGCAGAUCGACUAUCCGGUAAAGCCCUCUUCUUCUCCUGCAUUUGCAGCUGGAAGCUUCUUUUUGCGUCCAUCGCCCUUCCCCGCCUCGGUCAGAGCGGGUGCACCCUCGCCCAGCCCUUUAUCCUACAUCGGACCAUCCUUGUGAUUGGCGACGAGACUGUGGGAAAUGUCGAAAGAGGCCUUCUCCUCAUUGCAACAAUACUAUCAUUCGGCGGCGCCGUUGUAUGCAAGACGAUGACAGCUCAUUUGAGCACUCGCCUCAAUACUCGCAUUCGUGGUGCCCUCAUUUCCCAAAUGUUCGACAAGAGCCUUCGAAUCUCACAAUCGGAAGCCAAAAAGUCGGCCGCAAUCACUUUAAUGAGCGCGGAUAUAGAAGGAAUUGCGUCUGGCCUGCCGCAGAUAUAUGAACUCAUCAUGACACUCGUGGAGCUCGGCCUAGGCGUCUAUAUCCUAUCGCUCUUUGUCGGGCACUCAUGCUUUGUCGUUCUUGCACCAUUGGUGGCAUCGGCCAUUGGCACCUAUUUCAUCGGGAAUUGGAUGGCUACGGCAUUCGCGGCGUGGAAUAAGAGUAUCGAAGUCAGGGUGUCAAAAACGUCAAAAGUGAUCGAUCAGCUCAAGGCAAUCAAAAUGUUUGGAUUGGGCCCGACAAUCAGCAUAUAUCUUCAGAAACUGCGCGAGGUAGAGACAGCCUCUUCCAACAAGUUUCGUGCCCUACAAUCAGUCUCGGUCGUGGCAGUCCUUUGCGCAGAGUUUGUCACGCCCGUAGUGGUGAUUGCCGCAGCCCUCUUCUGGAACACCUUCAGCGGGAGGCUCUCCGCUGCUACGGUGUUUCCCAGUCUUUCCAUCGUAGCUCUGAUCAAAGAUCCGCUAUCUUUGUUGCUAGGUGGGUAUCCUUCAAUGAAGGCCAUGUUCAGCUGCUUCGAGCGCAUACAGGAUUUUCUGAAACUGGAAGAACGAAAAGACCCUCGAAUAAUCAGGAGCUCAGUGCCCGAGAACCAGGGCUCGGAGCCAAAACGCUCCUCUUACCCGGUCGUCGAAUUUUCCGGCGCGAGCGUCGCGCCAGUCGGAACCCAAACACCCGUCCUCAAAGACCUCAAUUUCGCACUGCUGCCCGGCUCCGUUACUGGGGCAGUGGGAAUCAAUGGCUGUGGAAAGUCUUUGAUGCUGCAAAGUAUCUUGGGCGAGGCCGAGAUUCCGCACGGAAACAUUUGUCUCAGCGAGACUGAUGUUGCAGUGUGUGGGCAAACAGUCUGGCUACGAAACGCCACCGUCAAGGAAAAUGUCGUUGGACCAUUGCCAUAUGACGAUGUACUUUUCAGAAAAGUGAUGCACUGCUGUCUCCUGGACCAAGACCUCGAGUUGUUGCCUCAAGGCGCCGAUUACGUUGUCGGUAGCGGAGGGUCCCGCCUGAGCGGUGGCCAGAGGCAGCGCGUGGGACUUGCUCGGGCACUAUAUGCUCGUAAAGCUUUAGUCUUACUAGACGAUGUUUUUAGCUCGCUCGAUCACAGGACCGCCGUCUCUAUUUUAUUCAGGCUGUGCGGCGCAGAGGGCAACCUCAGAGAGUCCCAGUCCACUGUCGUAUUUUGCACAUUUUUGCCCGAGUGUCUUGAUGUUGUUGAUCAACUAAUCGUGUUCGACGGCGAAGGACACGCAAAGCUGGAGGUCAAUUCUUCGGAAAAGGAUGCUCGCAUGCAAACGAUUCGCUCUUUAAACCCUGAAAAGAUUACUGAAGCAGAAAACGAUGCCGCCCAGAAGCAAGAGCCGGAAAAGGUACAGCUUAAAUCCGCUACCAGUUCGGAGGAGAAAAACGAAGCUGUUCAGAAGGGGGACAUGAGUCUUUAUUGGCUUUUUAUCGACCCUAUUGGCAGAUACAAGUUGCUUCUCUGGGCCGCUGUGAUGUGCAUUGGGUCGAUUUUCGAGCUGGCCCCUGAUGUGUACAUGCGGUUAUGGAUCGAACAUGCCCCUGAGAAUAACCUCUUUUUUAUCGGGUAUGCAUUGAUUGCAGUGGUUGCUGUUUUCAUCUUUAUUGGCGCGGUCUCUGUGUUUUUGAUCAAACUUAUGCCACGUGCCUCGCUCAGCUUACACCAACAACUUGUUGACACCGUUCUACGCGCGACUCUCGGAUUUCUGGGUACUACCGACAACGGUGUUAUGAUCAACCGCUUUAGCCAGGACAUGACAUUGAUCAUCCGCGCCCUUGUCAUUACCUUUGUUCGAACAACCACUAUGUUCUUCACGACAACAAUUCAGGCUGGCAUUAUCGCGUCCGGCUCCUCAUACAUGGCCAUCAUUCUACCAUUCAUUGCCAUUGCCGUCUACUUCAUUCAGCGCUUUUACCUUCGCACGUCGCGACAAGUACGUGCCAAUGAUUUAGAGACCAAAUCGCCGCUGUACACUCAUUUCCAGGAAACAACCGAUGGCCUGGUACAUAUCCGGGCAUUCGGUUGGCAGAAGGCAAACCUUGAAGAAGCCUUCAAGUUUUUAGACGACUCCCAAAAGGGCGUCUACUACAUGGAUUCUAUCCAGCAAUGGCUCCAACUCAUCUUGGGUCUGCUAAGCACAGUGAUCGCUGCCGUCUUGAUGACUCUGACGCUCUUUGUCACUAAAUCUACGUCGGAAACGGCAGUGGGCCUCGCUUUUCUCAACUUGAUCUUGUUUGGGAAGACGAUGGAGCAGCUCAUUAGUGCUUGGACUGGGUUGGAGACUUCCGUGGGAGCUCUGGCUAGGCUACGAGAUUUUAUGAAGAGCACACCGGAAGAACCGAAUGACAGGCACAAGGCCGUGCCGAGCAACUGGCCAUCGCACGGCGCUAUUGAGCUGACCGAUGUUACCGCUCGAUACAGUGAUGAUCCGCACCUUCCGCCAAUCCUCAAGAAUAUUUCGCUCUCUAUCGGCGCAGGGCAAAAAGUAGGAGUCGUUGGCCGUACUGGAAGCGGCAAAAGUUCUCUGUUUUUGGCCCUUCUCGGCUUCCUUCAAUAUGACGGUACUAUCAAGAUUGACGGUAUCGACAUUUCGCAGGUCCCGCUGGACGAGCUACGCUCCCGCGUCGUAACCAUUUCGCAGGACCAGAUUAAGCUAGAUGCUUCUGUUCGCAUUAAUUUGCUGCCAUUCACGCUCAACACGCCGACGGCAGCGACCGACGAAAAAAGGUCACAAGAAGCCGAGCGACAGGACCUGAGGCUCAAGGAGCUGCUGACACGUCUCGGCAUCUGGGGCCCGCUGGAACAGGGAGGGCUAGAUGCCAUGCUUGACGAUGUUAGGUACUCGCAUGGUCAGAUGCAGCUACUCUGCCUGGCGCGGGGCAUCGUGCGCUGUCAAGACACGGGCAGCAGGGUGGUGCUCAUUGACGAGGCGACGAGCAGCGUGGAGCGGGGGAUGGAGAAGACGGCCCAGGAGGUCAUGAACGAGUACUUUGCAAACUGCACGGUGCUGGUCAUUGGGCAUCGCGAAUCUAGUAUUAGAGGCGUCGAGUCGACAUUGGAACUUUCGCAGGGUGAGAUUGUACGCACUGAGCCGACCCGGCCUCGUUCAGACGAGGAGGUGGACUCGGACUAUUGGUCAUGGCCGCGCUUGUCAUGGACUUGA